AUGGCAAGCGAGAAAUAUUACAUCAAGAAUGCCAUUACCAAACCUGCGAUCCAUCACCAGUCCUACCAGCAGUUAUGGGAGACAAAAUGGAAGAAGCCAUGCGAGAUGGGUGUAUAUCCAUUCAUGUUCGGAAGCAUCAAGGACUUUGAACCUGUAGCGCAAGAUAUCAUCAAGGCAGGAUUGAAAGAACCGUACGAUUGGGAUGAAUAUGCACCCUACUACUUCCCCAAGGCUGAAGAGCUGAGCAAAAUCGCGGAAGAAGCCGAAAAAGCUGGGGAGAAAGAGAAGGCCUCGGAAUACUAUCUCCGAAGUGCUGCUGUCUAUCGAAUCUCUCGAUUUCCCGCCCCACGGUCGGAAAAGCAAAAGUAUGCCUGGAGAGUUGGGACGGAAACCUUCUACAAGGGCGCAGCGCUUAUGGAGCACCCCAUCAAAGAAGUGCGAAUCCCUCAUAAACAUGCGAUGGAAGGUGAGGGUGACGUCGUCCCGGUCAAUUUCCUGCUUCCCCCAGGGGCCUCGCCGGAAAAGCCUGCCGCUGUUGUUCUGAUCAUCACCGGUCUCGACGGAUAUCGUACAGAGCUGGCCGUGUGGCAACAGGGGUUCCUGCAAAAGGGCGUUGCGACUGUCAUUGCUGAGAUCCCAGGGACAGGAGACUCACCAGCCGCCCGACAGGACCCUACCAGUCCAGACAGACAGUGGUCCAGUGUUCUGGACUGGAUAGAUACCCAAAAGGCCAUUGACAACAAAAGAAUCGUUGUGUGGGGCUUCUCAACAGGUGGGUACUACGCGCUCCGGGCGGCCCAUACACACAAGGAUAGGCUCCUGGCAAGUAUCAGCUUGGGCGGAGGAGCGCAUCACAUGUUCGAUCGGGAAUGGCUCGAGAAUGUGAAUAAGCUGGAGUAUCCGUUCGAUCUGGGGAACACUCUGGCAUACAAGUUCGGCUAUCCAGACCUGGAGUCUUUCAUCCAGGACGCCGGGAAAUUCUCUUUGUUAAACGAUGGAACACUGGACAAGCCAUGUACCAAGGUACUCCUGGUCAACGGAAACGACGAUGAGAUCUUUCCCAUCGAUGAUAUGUUCGUUGCACUUGAGCACGGUCAGCCUAAAUUGGCACGAAUGGUCAAGGGAAAGAAGCACAUGGGAGAGCCCGACAGCUUUUUCAUCAUUCUCAAAUUCAUCUAUGGCCUUUUUGGGCUUGAUGGCAACAUUAUGGACCAGAUGAAAACACUUCCUAGCAGAUCGAAAUACUAA